AGCGCAUAGACUCAGUUGAUGUCGUUGCGUGUUGGCUGAAAGCGUAAAAGACACAAAUUGUCGCUUGUAAAUAAAUAGAUGACAAUAAAUAUAAAUAAAAAUUAUAUAGAAUACUAAAUAAUAAAAUCUACACACAUGAAAAUUAGUGAAGAAUACAAAUACAAGUGAUUUCGAAUUGCAUAAAGUGUUAAUUCAAGCAACAAAUUUCGUGUCGACUGCAAAUUGAAGAAUCGAAAACGAAAACGUCAAAGUAAAGGAAGCAUAAUCAAUAUGAAUUCACGCUGUUAAAGCCAACAGCCUUGCAAUUGUGGGCAUGUCAGCCGCAACACGGGCCGAGAAGCUAAAGAAAACGGUCAACUUAAACGAGCAUAAGCAGAAAAAAUUGCAUUGGGUCGCGUUUGGCCCACUUUUGGGCAGCCAAAUCGAUUUCUAGUUGCAUGUGUAUUAUGAAACACCUGCGCGACUAUUGAGCCAGUCCGCAGGACAGUGCUCCUCCGGUCGCUAAACAAUACUUUGCUAAUCAAUACCCUCACGUGCAAGUGCAAAAGUUACGAUAUAUCGUAAUAGCUAGGAAGUUAUGCAGCUGGACAGCUAUAAGUCUUAGCCCUUCUAUGCCGAAACGGGCGACCAAACACAAUUUCAAUCAUAUCGAAUCAAGUUAGACAGAACUAAGGAGUGAAGCCAUCAAACAAAGAUGUGGACUAAAGAAAUUGCAGCCAGACAAUUGCUGCUGGCCUUGGCAGUUUUUUUGGCAUUGGCAAAAUUCGGUACAGCUGAUAAUUGUUUUCCAACCAUAUUUGGAUUUCUGACUUUUGUAUGGAUUCCAUCAGCCUCAGCCGAAUGUCAAACGCGUUCGAUUUACUGUUACGAGUGCGAUUCGUGGACGGAUGCACGGUGCAAGGAUCCGUUCAACUAUACGGCGUUGCCGCGCGAUCAGCCGCCCUUGAUGACCUGCAAUGGCUGCUGUGUGAAGAUGGUGCGACAUCAGCGAUCACCCUACGAGGUGGUGCGACGCAUGUGUACGUCACAAUUACAAAUCAAUUUAUUCAUGGUCGAUCACGUGUGCAUGAUGGAAAGUUCAGGCAAUGGACAUAUGUGCUUUUGUGAGGAAGAUAUGUGCAAUUCUAGUCAAAGUUUAUACUCAUUCGCUAACGGUUAUCAACAACUCAUAAUCAUCACAAUGCCAUGGCUAAUACUGCUCCAACAGUUUGUGCACAGCUAGAUCAGCAAAUCAGAUCAGAUUCGAUCAGAUCCGAUUUGAUCCGAUCCGAUCAGAUCAGUUAGUUAGUUUUCCCAGAAGCGUUUAAAAGAACAGUACACACACACACACACACACACACACAAACCAAUAACAGUUAACUGGUGACAUUUAUCAUGCCCAAUACACACACAGACACACACAUACACGUAACUUGAAAUUGUUUUGUAGCCCAAGUUCUGAUUAUUUAAGUUUCGCAUUUCAAACAAAAUGUUAAAUGACGUUAAUUUUGGUUCUGCAAGCACAGUUAACUAUACUAUAAUCUAUAACAAUGCUACGAGUAGAUACAAAGUUUGACUGCACAUUAACAUAAAUAACAAAAUACCAAAAUACUAAAACAACAAAAAACAUAAACAAAAGACGUUGCAUAAUAAGACUUCCAUAUAAAGAAGUGCUGCAUACGACUCUCUUACUUAUCUAGAUAUAUGUAUAUACAUAUACAUAUAUACAUAUAUAAAUAUCUAUCUGUAUCUAUAUGUAUAUAUACAUAUAUCUAUAUAUCGAUUAACACAGUCCAAUGAAUCAAAAUGCAAGCUUGCUGCACUUGCCAGAUGCGUGACUUUGAAUCUCUUGUACUAGGUUCCAGCUACUGGGUAUCAAAUAUUAGGCACCAAGUACUACUCACUAGUUACUAAGUAAAAGGUAAAAGGUAAAAGGUAUAACGAGUUUAGUACAUAUUUGACGCCAAGUGUUAGGUACCAUAACCCAACUUAUCUUGGUCUUUGCUACUUGGUACUACUCAAGAGCUCAGUUCUACUAAAUAUGAAAUUCUAUGGUAUAAGGUACCUCAUAACUAAUGCUUGGUACUUUGUUCUGCGGUACUUUCUACUUUGGUACUCGGUAUUAUUACUCUGGUACAUUGGCACUUGAUUUUUUGGUAUCUUAUAUACUUCGGUACUUUAAUACUGAGUACUCGGUAUUUGGUUCAUUGGUACUUGAUACAUGUUAGAGGAUACUUUGAUACUGGACGCUUAAGUACUUAAUUCUUUGGUACAUUGAUGCUAAUACCUGGUACACUGGUGCUUGGGAUCUCUGGUACACGAGCUUCAAGUCAGCAUCUGAACUAUUUGAAAUGCAUGUUGUUAAUGCUAAAGCAUGUAGCGCUUAAGUAGGUACUCGUAUCUGUAGUUACAUUUCUUUACAUUUUGUUACUUACAUUUAUAGAGACGAAGAGAAAAACAAAAACAAAAACCAAAACCAGAACACAUCUAUCAUAUUAUUACUACUGCAUAUGUUAUGUAUCAUAAGUAAGCUUAACGAUCUACUAGGUAUAUGUGACACGUAGACUACAUACCUAAACGAAUGUACAUACAUCAAAUCGCAACUGAUGAAUGGAAACUAAAUAUGAAACAAAAAGAGAAAUCGAUGAAGAUAAUGAUAAAAAGUAUUGUGCAAUGGUCAAGUCUGAUUGAAUGCUUGUCAAUUGCCGCAUUAACUCAAAUGAAAUUUGCUCAUCAUGUUUAUAUAUUCCAAGGUCAAGAGCUUCACGAAUACAUAACGUAACUCUUCUUCUUGAAUCUCUUAAUCAUUAAGCUAACCUUUAUGUCCUAUGUCAUAUCACACAUAUACUUAGCUCCAGUAGUACCUAGACAACACUCAACACACACACACACACACACACACACACAGAAACACAUCAACUUAAGUUCUGUAUAAAGAAUCGAAUCCAUUUCAUUGUCCUAAGUUUCUGUUAGUCAACAAGUGAUAAUUAGCCAGUAAGUAGCUCCAAAACCUAGCCCCAUACACAGAAUUCUGUAAAGAACUAAAUGAAAUCUGAGACAAGUUCUCGAUGCUAGUCCGAGUCUUGACGUCUUUCUGUGUACCGGGUAUCAGUGUGGUCGGGCCGGCCGACUGUUACGCUCUCAUUUGUUAAUCAUGCUAGUGAUAGUUUUAACGGCGAGCCCAACAAAUCAUUUGUGUACUUAUAUACAUACAUAUAUUUAUAGUUAUAUUGUAGCUUUUGAUUUGAUUUCGUUUACACACACUCAUUAUUAUAGCGUAAUUAUAAUUGCAAUUAUAAUUAUGGCAAGUGGAAUUUGUAAGAAAAGAAAUUGGAAUUUUCAUUUAUGUAAUAGACAAAAAAAUUGGCAUAAUCAGAAAUAAACAUUUUUACUACAUAUACUUAUUUCGUACCUUAAUUUAACUCUCUCACUUAUACUAUCUAUCUAACUAUCUAUCAAUAUAUACUAUAUAUAUAUCACCUAGAUAUCAACUUUCUCAACUGCACCUUCCAUUUGUAAUAUAUAUACUUUAGUGCUGCCUUUAGUUAUAUACUAACUUGCUAUACUAACCAACUAACUAUACAGGUCUUGCUUUGAAGCUUUAACAAUUCAUCUCCGUCCAAGCGUGGCGCAUGUUCUUUAUAAACUAUAUACCAGAUAUGUAUAUAUAUGAAGCGUAGCCAAAUCGAAAAUAAAACCGAUCCCUCCCCGCCCCAAACCCCGAAGGUAAGUUCCACGAAGCUCCGUUUUGCACUAAACUCUCAGAACGAAGCCGAGCCGAAGGACCAGGAGCACGUGACUUCCAAUACAACUGAGAUUUGGAUACUACCAAUAUAUAUAUACUAUAUAUACCUCUUCCCUUGGCAAAUUCGGAUGUGGCAAACGUUUAGUUUUAGUUAUUCAUUUGAUUUUUGUACAGUUGAG